AUGCUGAGGUUGAUGUGGAUGUUUGCGGACAAGAUGAGGUGUCUGAGGAAGAGAUCCACAUUGCCUCUGCUGGGCUUCCUAGUUGCCUUCUUGCUGCUCUUCAACCUCUACGUGGACAUGGAUGGAUAUGUGCUGGAUACAGAAAAGCGCCAACUGGGCGAGGCAUUGAUGCAUCCCGCCAGCACGGAGCGAUACAUCCACACCUUCCGAGACCUGUCUAACUUCUCUGGGACCAUCAACGUAACAUACCGCUAUCUUGCGGGGGUCCCUUUGUCAAGGAAAAAGUAUCUGACCAUUGGGCUGUCGUCAGUGAAGCGGAAACGAGGGAACUACCUCCUAGAGACACUCAAGUCGAUUUUCGACCAAUCCAGUUACGACGAGCUGACGGAGAUUUUGGUAGUGGUCCACCUGGCUGACUUCGACCCACUGUGGUGUGAGAACCUGCUGCAGGAAAUAAGUCGCAAGUUCUCGCAUCACAUCAUCGCCGGCCGCCUGCUGGUGAUCCAGGCCCCCGAGGAGUACUAUCCGUCCCUGGACGGCCUAAAGAGGAACUACAACGACCCCGAGGACCGGGUCCGCUUCCGCUCCAAACAAAACGUGGACUACGCCUUCUUGCUUAACUUUUGCACCAAUCUCUCUGACUUCUACAUGAUGCUGGAGGAUGACGUGCGCUGCUCUCGUAACUUCUUGACGGCGCUGAAAAAGGUAAUUGCCUCUCGGGAGGGCUCCUAUUGGGUGAUGCUGGAGUUCUCCAAGCUGGGCUACAUCGGCAAGCUUUAUCACACGCGGGACCUUCAGCGCCUAGCACACUUCCUGCUUAUGUUCUACCAGGAGAUGCCGUGCGACUGGCUUUUAAUACACUUCCGUGGCCUGCUGGCCCAGAAGGACGUGAUACGCUUUAAGCCGUCCCUCUUCCAGCACAUGGGCUACUACUCAUCUUACAAGGGUGUUGAGAACAAGUUAAAGGAUGACGAUUUUGAGGAGGAUGCAGUGGACAUUCCUGACAACCCGCCGGCGCGCCUCUAUACAAACAUCCCUGUAUUCGAGAGCUACGACGCUAGCAAGGCCUACAGUGCCGUGGAUGAAUACUUCUGGGGAAAGCCCCCAUCCACAGGGGACUUCUUUGUGGUUGUCUUCAACAAGUCGGCCAAGAUCAGCAGAAUCAAGAUCACAACAGGGUCGGAGGACAGGCAGAGUGACAUCCUCCAUCACGGUGCUGUGGAAGUGGGCCAGAGGCGUGUAGAGGGCAAGCAGGAUGGCCAGUGUGCCUCCUUCAUAACUCUGGGGGAGUUCAAAGGAGGCAGGGUUGAGGUCCAGGACGUAAACAGGAAAAUUGGCUUUGACGUGGACUGCGUACGCGUCGUGGUGACAGCCAGCCAGAAGGAGUGGCUCAUCAUCAGAACCAUUAGUCUAUGGACCGCACAGCCCGGCGGCCCGUUGAUCAAGUGA